UUUAGCAUCACUGCAUCUUCCUCAUCAGCAGGAUCAAGCUUUUAAAAUAGCUGAUGAUGCUUUAAUCCAGCAGUAAUGGUAAAUCUGGGAUCCUCCAUGUAGAAUUAGUUUCUGUGUAUGCUGUAUUUACUGUUUUAUCUUUGCAGGACAAGUACAAAAAGUGUUGCCACAGCAAUGGAGAAUCCCAGCUCCAGCUUACUGCUGAGAUUCCAGAAAAAGUGCAGGAGACCAGGAGUGUGUGGCCUAGAAAACUCUGGCAACUCUUGCUACCUGAAUGCUGUGCUGCAGUGUCUGUGUGCCACUGUGCCCCUCGUGGAACAACUUCUUCACUGGGACACACGGAAAGGACUUGCAAGGUCUAAGUGCAGGGUCUCUGAAGUGUUUGUGCACCUGCUGGAGAAAAUGUGGAUGGGAAGUGGCUCCAGCUGUAGCCCUUUGGAGGUCAGGUCAGCGCUGUGCUCCGUCCUCCCCCAGUUCAACAACGACUCCCAGCAAGACGCACAGGAGCUGCUGCUCCUUCUCCUCAACACGCUUCACGACGACUUCAACAAGGCAGCACAGCGGCAGGCGCUCUUCUCAUCACAGCCGGCGAGAAUGGAACAGAUCAAGGGCUGCUCGCCCCAUUCAAACCUUGUCACACGUUUGUUUGAGGGCCAGCUAAGCUACAUGUGCAUCUGCAUGCACUGCCAUCACCAAGCACAUAACACCCAAGCCUUCACUGUACUCUCAUUGCCAGUUCCAAAGGGUAACAUCAAGUGCUCCAUUCAGGACUGUUUGGCACUGUUCUUCAAGCAGACUGUCCUCACUGGGGGGGAGCAGGCCAUGUGCUCAGUGUGCGGGCUGAAAAGGGAAACAGCCAUCGUCACGUGUGUGGACAGAACUCCAGAGAUCCUCGUGCUGCAUUUGAAACGGUUUGGAUCCAAAGGGAAGAGUCAGGUGAAACUGAGAACAAACGUUCUUUUCUUCAUGAAGCUCGACCUCUCCCAGUUUCUGUCAGGCCUGGUGCCGAAUGAAUCAUCUUACCACCUGUAUGCUGUUGUGAACCAUACAGGUCACCUGAACAUGGGUCACUACACAGCUCUGUGCUACAACAGCCUGGCUCAGACGUGGCAUUGUUUUGAUGACGCUGCAGUCUGUGAGGUUCAAGAGGACCGUGUGCAAUCUCCAAACGCCUACCUGCUGUUCUACAGCCACAAGCCUUUCCACAGGCCGCGAAUCGCCGGCCUGUAAGUUCUGCCAGUUUCCUGUCAGAAUCCUGCUCGUCGUGCAGAGUCCUUCUUACCUUCCAGGAAAGAAAUAAUCUAGAACCUGCUGGUCUUUUGGGUUGCAAUACAACUGCUCACCUGCUGCAUCAAAACCACAAAAUUAAAUAAUAUUCAGACACAAUCUUCAUUUGAAGCCGUUUUAAUAAAUUAUCAUGAUUUGCUUGGGGUUAAUAUCAUAGUUAUAUAUGAAACUAAUUAUAUAUAGACCUUUAGAAAAUUUGAAUAAACACAAAAGUGAAAAGAAGUCCAGGUCAUUCAUAUAUCAUGCAAAGCCUCAAAACUCUAGCAUAGGGGGAAAAAAGAAAAAAA